AAUCAAAUACUCCGCAGAGACAAAAAUCAAAGCAAAAAAAUAAAUAAAUAAAUAAAGCUUUUAAAAGAAUAUUAUCAUUUUCAGUUUCAGUUUCAGUUUCGGUUUCGGAUUCAGGCAUGAGGCGUUUCAUGGUCUUGUUCUUCCUCGUCAGCAUUCUUCUGUUGCAGGAUCUGAGCGAAGGAACGGGGGGAAGGGAGGAGGAAGAAGAAGCGAGAGAGUAUUGGAAGGAAGCGAUGGGGAAAGAAGAACCAUUGCCUGAACCCAUCGAAGAGCUUUUGAACAAUCCGUUCCGUACAAAGCAGGACAAGUUCAUUCGCAACUUCAACGCUAAAUCCGUCGUCAUUAUUUACCACGAGCCAGACGAUUAGAUUAAUCUACAUAUACAUACACACACUCGUCCAUGCAUACAUACAUAUAUAUAUAUAUAUGCAUAUACGUAUGUAUGUAUGCAUCGAUCACAUGGGUAUGUUGAAUAAGUAAUUCUCGUAUGUGUUGAACUCUUAGGAUUAAAAAUGAUCGAUGGUUGUGUGUGUGCCAUUUUGUGUCCCUUCUGAGAUUUUGUGUAUGCGGUGACAGUAAUUAUAUCGGCGUUGCUUUUUUUUUUUUUUAA